UUAAUUUUUUUUUUUUUUGUUCUUGAUAGCAUGGCUUUAUAUAUAUUCCUAGUACGGCUUUCUUCUUCCUCUAUUAAAUUCUUAUCUUUCUUCAAACUAAUUCUUAAACUUUCUACUUUCAAUUUCACAAUUCAUCGAAGACAAUCUUACCUCUCUUUCUCUCUCUCCCUCCCUCCCCCAUGUGCCCACCUUUUAAAGAGCUUUAGUUUCCUUUUUGUUAUUCAUCGAAACAAGUAUUUUAUGUCAUUGUUUAAUUGAUGGAGACGGAAAAAUCAAUGGCCAUCGGAAAAUUCCGCUACAAAAUUCCAUUCUGGUUUGUCUUACUCUCUCCAUUUCUUUUAUGCCUCAUCUCGUUUGAACUCUAUUACUCAGCUUUAAGCAAUGAAAAUUUUUCAGUCACCUUUUUAGUCCACAACCUUGAACUUCCAAACGCUGUGGAUGAUAAGAAACCAAUUUCUUUGGUCAGAAAUUUUCUUGGCAACCAAGCAACACCAAAAAUCAUUAGGAAUAAGAAUACCGAAAUCAAUCAUCAUUUCGAUUCGUGCUCGGGUCAAUACAUUUAUGUUCACGAUCUUCCAAGCCAAUUCAAUGAGGAUUUGCUCAAGAAUUGUCAUAAUCUUGAAAAAUGGAAUGACAUGUGCGGUUAUCUAUCCAAUAAUGGAUUUGGAACGAAGCUUGAGGAUGAAAAUUCCAAAAGAGUUUUGAUGGAAAAUGGAUGGUUUCUAACCAACCAAUAUUCCUCAGAUGUCAUUUUCCACGAGAGGAUGAAGAAGUACAAAUGCUUAACCAAUGAUUCAUCCAUGGCUUCUGCAAUCUUUGUCCCUUUCUAUGCAGGCCUAGAUAUUGUUCAACAUCUAUGGGGCUCCAACAUAUCAACAAGAGAUUCAUCGGCUCGAAAGCUCGUCGAUUGGCUAUCAAGAAAACCCGAAUGGAAAACAAUGUGGGGAAGAGACCAUUUCUUCAUUGGAGGAAGAGUUGCAUGGGAUUUUAGGAGGAAAACAGAUGAUGAAUCUGAUUGGGGUUCCAAGCUCAUGUUCUUGCCAGAAUCAAGAAACAUGACCCUUUUGACAAUGGAAGCCAGCUUGUGGAAUAACGAUAUAGCCAUCCCAUUCCCAACACAUUUCCAUCCUUCAGAGGAAAUCCAGGUGUUCGUUUGGCAGGAAAGAAUGAGAAAGAGAGAAAGAAAAUACUUGUUUUCUUUUGCAGGUGCACCGAGGCCUAAAUCCGAGGUUUCAAUCCGAAGUGAACUGAUCAAAGAGUGUGAAUCUUCGUCGGAACUUUGUGAAUUCAUGCCAUGUGGUGGAACAAAUAGAUGUGAUGAGCCUGCUAAUGUUAUUGGAUUAUAUCAGGACUCAAUUUUCUGCUUAGAACCAGUUGGUGAUUCAGCCACAAGAAGGUCAACUUUUGAUUCAAUCUUGGCAGGUUGUAUUCCAGUUUUUUUCCAUCCAGGUACGGCUUAUUCUCAAUAUUUGUGGCAUUUACCAAAGAAUUAUAGUAAAUAUUCAGUGUACAUACCAGAAACUGAUAUAAGAAAGAAAAGGGUCAAAGUGAGUGAGAGAUUGCUUGGAAUUUCCAAAGAUGAAGUUAUGACAAUGAGAGAGGAGGUUAUAAAGUUGAUUCCAAGUGUAAUAUAUGGAGAUUGGAGAUCUAAUAUGGAGAGGACAUUUCAUGAUGCAUUUGAUAUUGCUGUUAAAGGUUUGCUAGAAAGAGUUGAGAAAGUGAGGAAGAAGAUGAAAGAAGGUAAGGAUCUUAGUGAAUAUUAUGCAGAAGAAUAUGGUUGGAAAUUUUGAUUUUUUGCUUAAUGAAAGAGUAUUAAUCUCUUUCUUGUAAUAUUAAUUGAAUUAAAUUGUUUUAGAACAUUGAUUGAUGAAUUUUAUUUUAUUUUUAAGUAAAAGAAAAGAUUUUUUGUUA